UAUGGUAGUAGCUGCAGCGGCGGAGGAAGCGAAGCAGCGUCGUAAACAUGGCUGACAGCGCAGUGACAGAUGAACAUGAGACGAAAGAUGAUAUCGAUCGAGCAAAGAAUCAUGGUAAAGAGCUGACCAAGGAGGAGAAGCAGCGGCUGAGGAAAGAGAAGAAGCAGCAGAGGAAAAACAUGGAGAAGAAUGAUGACAAGGAAAGCGAGAAAGAGAAGAAGUCUGUCACGGCAGCUGCUUCAGCAUCUCAGCCUCCAACACAACCAACGACACACAAAGCUCCUCCAGCAGUGCCUGCUCCUGCACCGGUUCCCGUGCCUGCCUCAGAAGCUCCUGCCCCGGCAGACAAGCCCACUAAGAGUAAAGCAGAGCUAAAAGCCGAGAGGCGAGCCCGACAAGAGGCUGACAGGGCGUCCAAACAGGUCAAGAAGGGAGAGGUGGGUCCACAGGCUCCCACUUCCAAACCCAAAGCACCACCCAGCGAGCUGCAGCCAGUGGUGAAGAGGCUCCCAGAACAUGUCCAAGUGGACAACCCGGAUGUUUUAAAGAAACUGGCCAAGAAGCUGGAGAGACAACAGAUCCCGCUGCGGUUAGACUACGGCUACAAAGUCAGUCUGUUUUCUCACCUGCACCAGUACAGUCGCAAAUCUCCCCUUACACAACAACUCAGCAUUCCUUCCACAGUGAUUCAUCCUGCCAUUGUACGCCUGGGCCUCCAGUAUUCACAGGGAAUUGUGGCCGGAUCCAACGCUCGCUCUGUAGCCCUGCUACACGCCUUCAAACAGGUUAUAAGGGACUAUACCACGCCUCCUAAUGAGGAACUAUCUAGAGACUUGGUCAGCAAACUGAAACCUUAUAUCAGUUUUGUAAAUCAGUGUCGCCCUCUGUCAGCCAGCAUGGGUAACGCAAUCAAAUACAUCAAGAAGGAGAUCUCCAAUAUUCCUAGCCAGUGCAAAGAAGAAGAGGCAAAGAGCAAACUGCUGACCUGCAUCGAUAGCUACAUUGAUGAGAAGAUCGUUCUUGCUGCUAAAGCUAUUGCCAAGUAUUCCAUUGAGAAGAUCAAUGAUGGAGACGUCAUCCUAGUUUAUGGAUGCUCAUCACUAGUCAACCACAUCCUGUGCGAGGCCUUCAACAAGAACAUCAAGUUCCGUGUGAUCGUGGUGGACAGCAGGCCGCGGCUGGAGGGCAGGGAGGCCCUGAGGCGCCUGGUCCAGGGAGGCAUCCGCUGCACCUACGUCCUCAUCUCGGCCGUCUCGUACAUCCUUCCAGAGGUAUCGAAGGUGUUCCUCGGGGCUCACGCUCUGCUGGCCAACGGUUACGUCAUGUCCCGUGUGGGAACGUCACAGAUAGCUCUGGUGGCCAGAGCCUUUAACGUGCCUGUGCUGGUGUGUUGUGAGACCUACAAGUUUUGUGAGAGGGUGCAGACGGAUUCCUUCGUGUCCAAUGAGCUCGAUGACCCAGACGACCUCAUCGUGACCCGUAAAGGAAAGACUCAGCUGGAGGACUGGCAUCAAGUGGACUUUCUCGGCCUGCUCAACCUAGUGUAUGACGUGACGCCGCCGGACUUCGUGGACCUGGUCAUCACAGAGCUGGGAAUGAUCCCGUGCACCUCGGUCCCCGUAGUGCUGCGAGUCAAAAACGUGGACCAGUGAUCGGCCUCGGGUCUCACAUCAGUCUGAGCCAAGAGGCUGUUUCUGCUGCGUCUAGAUCAUGGGGAAAUUGUGUGCGUGAACGCUUGCACACAACACAACAAAAAAUAUCUUGCAAUAAAUAUAUAUCUGAAAUGGCAUAUGUUUUUAAA